AACCCACCUCUAUUAAAAUCCAAGUCUGGUCACAUUUCUUUGCUACAAAAGUUCCGAAGGGCGGCCAAAUAAUCCCUCGACUCCAUUAGGAGUCGCAGUAACUUAAAACCAAAAAAAAAAAAGAAAAGAAAGCACGACAUGGAUGCACGAAAAGUAUGCGACAACGGAGUUAUCCGAAUUCCGUGGUGGCAACACAAGCACGGAAGGCAUUUUCAACAUCCCUUUCCCAAAAUGUCCCCACCUGAAUGCAUCGGCCUUUUCAGCAUCACCGACCGGGAGUACCAAGAAGAUGCCCGGAAUGUCGCCUAUUUGUGCGAUCCCUUUCCGAAAUUACCCAUCGAUCUGAAUCAGGGGAUUGAAAAUGUCAUACGAAAAAAACCAGCAACAAUGAGUGACCUGGAGUAUCUCCUUAAAUACAUUAAAAGCCAUCAAAAGGAAUUUUUGGUGAUGAAGGGAGACACUAUCCAACUGAAUACGGAUUUCGUAGCACUUCGUGGGGUCCUCAGGCUAAUCAUGUGCCUACAAUACGAACGGAGGCAAGAUCUUCGUAUUAUGGUGACCCGUGCGAACGGCACGAUCUAUUUGAACAAAGAGGAAACCGAGGAGCAGCUGGCGGAACAGGCAGCCAUGUCGAACAGGCAUCUUGCCAUGUGCUCCUGGGGCUUUAAGUUUGAGCAGUACCUUACCACCGCAAAGCCAUGCGCCGAUCCGGAUACCAAUGUUCCUGUAAAUGAGGGCGUCGAACUAUGCGCUAUGUUUCGCAGCAAUAUAAACGGAAUUCGUCUGCUUUAUGGAGCCGAAAUGGACUGCAUUGUCAGUUCUCAGCCAGUGAAUUUCCAGGAUCCCAACAACUUAAAACACCUGGAGUUUGUGGAGCUAAAGACGGGUGCCUACGAUAUGAAUCGCCACCAAGAACAAACGUUUAAACUCUUCAAGUCGGCCAACUGGUGGAGCCAAUCCUUUCUGGUCGGCAUCAAGACGAUUUACGCCGGCUUGAGGGACACUAAAGGCGUGGUCAAGGAGAUUCGCCGAUACGAUACGCGGGACCUGGCGCGUAAUACGCCUUGGAGCCCCUCGGCCAUGCUAAUGUUUCUGGAGCAGUUCUUGCGACAACUCAAGUCCCUCAUGGAGGCGAUUGACGAUCCCUUUGCCGUUGUCCAGGUGGAUUUCAAGUCUCAGGAGCAAUGUGUCUACUACAAAGUGCUGGGCGGCAAGGACAACCAGAUCCUUCCCGACUGGUACCGCGAGCUAUUUAUUAAAUAAUAAUUCGGUUGAGAACUGACUAAGAAUAUUUAAA